CCACGGGCAGCCGGGCCCCCCCACCCCGAAGCGGAAGGCCUUGGCCCGAUACCCAGCUAGCACGCUCGGCGUGGCGGCGGCGUCGUGGAAGAAUCGGUCCGGCCUCCAGAAACCCUGACCGGUUCACCCCCACCGCCGCGCCCUGCCCGGCUGCCCCCCUUUAUACGCGUGGCCGUGCCGCCGAUCCAUGCCUCACUGCAUCCCAGUCCCACGGCUGACGGCUUCCUCGAGCGUUCCAUCCCAUCCCGAAUCCCACUCCGGCCUCCCUUUAAAACCGCGCCCCGCCGCUGCGCCGUCCGUCCGCACGUAGCCAUCGCAUCAUCGCCGGGGUCGAAGUGGAAUUGAUCGAUCGACCGAUCCGGGUAACGGCGGAGGCUGGUGCAGCGAGGCAGUGAGAGUCACGAUGGUGGCCGGGUUCCGCCGCACGAUCUCGUUCCCGGCGCCCAAGUCCCCCACGCCGCCCGUGGGCGGCGCGGGGACCAGCAGCAAGUCCGCGGCGUACCGCGCCCGGUCCACGAGCCUGCCGUGCCGGUUCCACCCGCUGGUGCUCCAGCUGGACGACGACGUCGCCGACCUGCGGGCGCUGGUGGGGCGCCUGGCGUCGCGGGCCUCCGCGGAGGCCGUGGCCGAGGGCGCGGAGCGGCUGGGGCGGGUGCUCGUCUCGCUCUCCGACCUGCUGCACCACCCGCAGGCGCAGGACCCGCUGCGCCGGCUCGCCCGCUCCCCGCUCGCGGAGCGGCUGCUGGACGACUUCCUCCGCCUCGCCGACGCGCACGGCAGCUUCCGCGCCGCGCUCGUGUCGCUCGCCGCGCUCCAGGCCGAGGCCCGCGCCGCGCUGCGCCGGGAGGAGCCCGCCCGGCUCGCGUCCGCGGCGCGCGCGCUGCGCCGGUCCGGCCGCGACCUCCCCCGGAUCGCGUCCGCGGCGCGCGCCGUGGCCGCCAAGGCGCCGCCCCCCGCGCCCGCCGACCUCCCCGCGGACGCCGCGGCCAUCGCAGCCGCCGCCGUCGACGCGGCCGCCGCCGUCGCCUCGGCCUCCGCCGCGGUCUUCUCCGGCGUGUCCUGCCUUUCCGUCGCCGCCGCCACGGCGCGCGUCGAGGUCGAGGCCACGCCGUGCUGGAUGCCCUCGCCCGCGAGGUUCGGCGGCGGCACGCCGUCCGCCACGCCCAGGCACGUCGUCGUCACCACCCGGCCGGCCUCCUCCAUGCCGCGCAUUUGGUGGGUCGCCGACCUCAUGCGGUGGAUGUCGCGCGCCAAGCGCCGGUCCGCCAAGAGGCAGCACGCUGAUGAUGGCCACGGCGCCGCGGCCGGCGCGCUCCCCCAGACGGACGCCACCGUGGACCCGGAGGAGCUAGAGCGGAAGACGGCGUUCGAGCGGCUGGACAACCUGGGACGGUGCAUCGCGGACGUGGAGAGCAGCGGCGAGAAGGUGUUCAGAGCCCUCGUCAACACCAGAGUCUCCCUCCUCAACAUCCUCAGCCCAGCCUUCUGAUCCCCGAACGAGCCCCGCCAUCGGAACCCAGCGAACUCGAUCAAAUUUUGCGAGACCUUUGGAUGGGAUCUGUACAUAGAAAUGUGGCCUUACGAAAUACUAUAUCAAUGCUACGUUUUAGGGCGCUCCAUUUUCUGUGUAAUCAUAGAAUUCAGAGUUGGAGCGAAGGCGCUAGUUGCUGAAAGAUAAGAAAUUUGUCAAGUGUCACUCUGUUUAUGAGCUUGCAUUUUCAUUUCA